AUGGCACCGAAAGAGAAGCUCAGCUCGAAGAAGGACAGAAAGGGGGAUGCGUACUGGUUUGAAGCUGCGCCACUUGUCACACGAAUCUUGUCAGCAAACAGCAUCACCAAGGGAUUAUGGAACGGCUUUGGCUCGUUUACAGAUACGCCAAAUGAAUUUUGGGAGUCGGACUCCUGGCUGUGUUCCUUACGGACAACUUCUGGGGUGCAAGUUACCUUUGCAGAUGGAUCCCCUAUCAUAUGCUCUGACUUUGUCCAGUACAAGUCAGCGGAAAGGGGUAGUAUCAGAAUUGGUCGCGUGUAUGGGAUUGGAUUUGACAAGAGAUCAGCACCAAUCGAGAAGAACGGGAUCAUUAUCAAGAUCCAAAAAGUUUACUCAGCUAUGGAAUUGCCGCCAAAGGCCCAAGAUAUUAGGUCUCAGCUUUCUAUCCCGCUUUCUCAAUCUGAGAAGCUUAUCUCUGAGGAUGAGUUUGAGUUUGUCCCAGUACACUGCCUAAUUCAACGGCUUGAAUAUACCAUGGACUACAAAUUCGAGAAUGGGAUACCAGGUCAGGCAGACCACCUAUUUGAGCCAGAGUCCCAGGUUAGAAGAAUCCUCAACUUGGCAAACGAUGAGAUUAGGCCAGCAGCACAGUCCCACCCCCAUGUUGCCGAGCUCGAGUUGAAGGCCUACGGCCGCAAGUGGAUUCUUGAAGCCCUUAAACAAGGCUUUAUCUCCCUUCCGUUCAUAGAGUUCAUCGAUGGCUUUGGGAUCUGGAGAAACAUGUACCGGUCAUUGACUGGCGUGUAUAUCUCGCUCGCCGGUCAGGCUCUUCGAGUGAGGAUGCACCGCGAGAACGUGAUCGUUCUCACUACUACACCGCAUGGAUCAAGGCUAGAUGAUAUUCUAGCAUCCAUGAUAGAUCUCCCAGAGCUAGAGAGAGGCAUGACCCUCGAUAUCAAUGGCAAGGAGAAGCUCGCUUUUCCACUUGGCUAUGCUGGGGACAUGCCACAAAAAAACGAUAAUGCAGGAAUCUUGCGCCAGAACGCAGACAUGGGGUGUAGAUCCUGCCUUGCUUCGAAAGAUGGGCAUGGGGAGCUCUCAUUCGACUUUAUAGAGCUUGGUAGGUAUCACCACCAUCAAGUUCAACUGCGCGAGCAUGGGGAUAAGCUCUCUGCCACGAAAAGAAAGGCGUGGUUCCAGGAAUGGAGUAUGCGGGAUACUAAGCCAGCACUGUUCAAAAUUUCGCCAGCACUGGAUAUUGUGCUCAGUCGUCCCGCCGACGUCUGUCACUCAGAGUUCGCAGGAAUGGGGAAGCAGUCUCAGCUCCUUCUUAUAACAGCCAUACUCUCGAAGUCACGGCUACAGCGGUAUUUCCAAGAAUUCAUUUGCUUUCCGUCGCCAGCAGGAUGGGGAAAACGACAGUCGCCCCUGCACCACUUAAAGUCCUGGUCCUUGAACGAAGCUGGGAUGGCGUUGAUGCUAACGCCGCUGAUAUUACGAUGCAUGCCCCUUGAGAAAGAGGACAUUGACUGGCGAUUCUACAAAGCCGUCCAGCAAGAAUUCAAGGAAGAUUUGAGAAAGCAUCAGCUCAACCCAGAACAGCUUAUUAUCCGGGCGUUCUCAGCAAUGGCAAUGUCCAAUGCCCUGACCUGCUCGUGGGAGAUGAGACCGGGACAGCAUAGUGACACAGAGAAGACCAUUUUCAAUGGUCGCGAUAUGUAUGGACGGCUCUGCAAUGCCGCAUGCUUGCAUUGCGAAUGA